AAAUUACAUUGAUUGAGAUCAAGUCGCGUUACAUGCUGAAGCUCAUAUGGUUUUUCACGGAGGGUUACGUAUCGCGUAAUUGCGAAAUCGAGUCCCAUCCUGUCUUUCUCUUCGUCGGGCAUCCUUCUCUUCUCUUCUCUUUAUCGAGCAUCCUCUUCCAUCCUGCUCUUGUCCUUUUUCGUGCUCUACUUGUACCAGCCGACUCGUCCCUUGCGACGAUGGUCACCAAAUAUCCAUCCCCGCGCCCGGGAAGAAUGGGCUGGCUGGGGCCAAUGGCUUGGGCCACGGGCCCAGAGCAGCUCAUGAACUUGGUAGGGCUCAUCGCUGCCAUCAUGGCUGGCGCCACGCAACCUCUUAUGAACAUCCCCUUCGGCCAGAUCACCGAUCGCUUCGUCACUGUCGAUGUGAACGACCUGAACCGACUUCGCGACCGCACGGAUCAACAAGUCGUCUACUUUCUCUAUCUUGGUCUCGCGACAUUUUUCGGCACCUACAUUUACGUAGCGCUUUGGGUACGAUCUUGCAUUAGUACCGGCCGAUCGAUGCUGUCGCUUGCAGCGUCUGAACUGGUGUACACUAACCUUCCUCCUCUCAUUCUCAUGGCUUAACAGGCGUAUACUGGAGAAAAGACUACCUCGCGUCUGCGCUUAGAAUACUUCCGAUCGUUGCUUCGGCUUGAUCUGGAAUUCCAUGAGACCGAGGGUGCAGGUGCUCUUACCUCUCGCCUGGAGACUGACUUACGGAAUGUGCAGUCCGGCAUCAGCGAGAAGUUGCCGCUUAACGCAAUGUAUCUGUCCUGCGGUGUCACGGGCUUCACAGGCGAGUGCGAGCUGAGGCUCUGAUUGUCAGCUGUCAGCCGUCUCAUCUUGCUAAGUGCUAUUACUGACCGCGACCAUCUU